GAGUCGGCGCAGUACUCUCCGUCCCUGCAGUACCACCAUGGAUUUGGUCUUCGCGGAGAAGGCCCUUCUGGGGCUGUUCGCGGCCGUGACGCUGGCGAUCGUGGUGUCGAAGCUGUGCGGCAAGCGGUUCAAGCUGCCGCCGGGGCCGCGCCCGGUGCCAAUCUUCGGGAAUUGGCUCCAGGUCGGCGACGACCUCAACCAUCGCAUGCUCACCGGCAUGGCCAAACGCUUCGGCGACAUCUUCCACCUGCUCAUGGGCGUCCGCAAUCUGGUGGUCGUCUCCUCACCCGAGCUCGCCCGCGAGGUCCUCCACGCACAGGGCGUCGAGUUCGGCUCCCGCACCCGCAACGUCGUCCUCGAUAUCUUCACCGGAAAGGGACAGGACAUGGUCUUCACUGUCUACGGCGACCACUGGCGCAAGAUGCGCCGCAUCAUGACCGUCCCCUUCUUCACCAACAAGGUGGUGCAGCAGAACAGAGAGGGGUGGGAGGAGGAGAUACGGCUGUUGGUGGAGGAGCUGAGGAGAAACCCGAAGGCGGCCAAAGAGGGGGUGGUGAUCCGGCGACGCCUCCAGCUGAUGAUGUACAACAACAUGUUCCGGAUCAUGUUCGACAGGCGGUUCGAGAGCGAGGAUAAUCCCCUGUUCAACAAGCUGAAGGCGAUCAACUUCGAGCGGAGCCGUCUGUCUCAGAGCUUCGAGUUUAACUACGGCGACUUCAUCCCAGUGCUGAGGCCCUUCUUGAGGGGAUACCUCAACAGGUGCAGGGAGGUGAAGGAACGCCGGUUGCGACUCUUCCAUGAGCAGUUCGUCGCCGAGAGGAAGAAGAUGAUGGAGGAGCAGGGAUCGAAGUUUGAGCUCAAAUGCGCAAUGGAUCACAUAUUGGACGCGGAGAGGAGAGGCGAGAUCAACUACGACAACGUCCUUUACAUCGUCGAGAACAUCAACGUCGCCGCGUUGGAGACUACCCUGUGGUCGAUCGAAUGGGGCAUCGCGGAGCUGGUGAACCACCCGGCGAUCCAGAUCAAGCUCCGGCGAGAGCUCGACGCCGUCCUGGGGUCGGCCCAGCUGACGGAGCCCGACCUCGUCCGCCUCCCUUACCUCAACGCGGUGGUGAAGGAGACCCUCCGGCUGCGGAUGGCCAUCCCUCUCCUGGUCCCCCACAUGAACCUGCACGACGCCAAGCUCGCCGGCUUCGACGUCCCCGCCGAGAGCAAGAUCCUGGUCAACGCCUGGUGGCUGGCCAACAACCCGGCCCUGUGGAAGGACCCCGAGCAGUUCCGGCCGGAGCGGUUCCUGCAGGAGGAGGCCGGCGUGGAGGCCAACGGCAACGACUUCCGUUUCCUGCCCUUCGGAGUUGGCCGGCGAAGCUGUCCCGGAAUCGUCCUCGCCCUGCCCAUCAUCGGCAUCUCCCUGGGCUGUCUCGUCCACAACUUCGAGCUACUGCCACCGCCAGGAAAGGACAGGGUGGACAUGGCGGAGAAGGCAGGCCAGUUCAGCCUCCAGAUCAUGACGCACUCCACCGUCGUCUGCAAGCCCACGAAGCUGUGAAUGAACUCGAUUACAAAUUUGCACUUACGCUUGCGUUAAUUAUUUGAUGGAGGUUGAUUAAGGUUAUGGUGAUUAGUGUGCGUUAAAUAAGCCUGUAUCCUUAUACUCCUUAAUGACUGUUGCUUUAAUUGAAGUCAUGUAAUUGCAUUUAUUUCCAUUUU